AUGACUAGCAAUAGUACUAGUAUUAGUAGCAGUGCAAGACGCGAAAAUUUCUGCAAUUUACAACCCACCGAAAUUCCAAGACCUCGGAUAUCUGGUCUUGAAUUCAUUCCAACCCGAGGACGUCUUGGCUUCUAUAAAUGUGUUAAAAAUUCGCUGCCUGCUACUCCUCGUCGACCGGUGUUGUCUGAGGAUGUGUUCACGAUUCCAGCACCAGAUUAUGAUGAUCCACCGAAUGUUCCGCAAUCCCCAUCAAAAGACAACUGUUCUAGUGCUAAAUCCCAUCCACAUCUCAGUUCAACUCCAUCACAUCAAGGUUGCAAUGAGCGGAAUAAGACAAAAGGGAAUGCGGCAAUUAACGUAGGUCAACAACAUAACCAUCAACACAAAAAGGACUCGAAAUUCAAAGAGAAAUCCACAAAAUUGUAA